UGUUUACGCUCAAGUAUGUUCUCCCCCCUUCACAGUAUUAAAGCACUCCGUGAUAUCGAUACCCAGGAAGCUCCAGAUGAUUUCUUAAACGCUAUAAAUCGGUGGACCCUCGAGUCAGUCUCUGUGGUGGCUCUGGACAAGCAGUUGGGACUGCUCAAAGAGUCGGGCGAUAACGACCAGGCUGUGUUACUUUUCAAGUACCUGGACGAUUUUUUUGAAUUAACAGCCGAUCUGGAGAUGAAGCCCUCCAUCUGGCGUUACGUUAAAACACCCAAGCUAAUGAAGCUAAUGAAGUCCCUAGAUGGCGUUCAAGAAAUAACUUCAGCGUAUGUAGACGAAGCUAUAGAGCGUCUAGAGAAAGAGGCCAAGGAGGGUGUUGUCCGCCCUGAGAGCGAGCAGAGUGUACUGGAAAAGCUGCUCAAGAUCGACAAAAAGGUGGCGACGGUUAUGGCCAUGGACAUGCUAAUGGCCGGAGUGGAUACCACCUCAAGUACCUUUACAGCGGCCUUGCUGUGCCUUGCCAAGAAUCCGGAGAAGCAGGACAUACUCCGAGAAGAGGUGAUGAAGGUUCUACCCGAGAAGGACUCCGAAUUCACUGAGGCAUCGAUGAAGAACGUUCCCUAUCUACGUGCCUGCAUCAAAGAGUCACAACGGAUCUAUCCUUUGGUCAUCGGCAAUGGCCGAUUUCUCAAUCGGGACAGCGUUUUGAGCGGAUACCAAGUGCCAGCUGGUACCUGUGUGUCGAUGGUUCCCCUGAGCUUGCUAUCAAGCGAGGAGCACUUCCCCAAGGCUGCUGAGUUCCUGCCAGAACGUUGGAUUCGUAACGCCACAGACUCAAACAGGCAAUGCCCGGCAAAUGACUUGAAGCUGAAGAAUCCGUUUGUGUUCUUGCCCUUCGUAUUUGGACCCCGGAUGUGCGUUGGAAAGCGCAUCGUGGACAUGGAGCUCGAGCUGGGCAUCGCUCGACUCAUUCGGAACUUUAGCAUCGAGUUCAAUCAUCCCACGGAGAACGCUUUCCGCGUUCCUCCCUGAUCAAUUUGCCCAACAGUAAACACAUUU